UACUGGUUUAUAUAGCCUACUGCUCUUCUUUGCAACUCCCUAUAGCUGCAAGGUGUUUUCUCGGAUUUUGUGGUUGAAUAUAAGGCACAUGCAAUACUGCUAAUCAUACUAUUAUAAUACUGCAUUUCCAACCCGGUAGAGUUGCCAGGUUACAGUAUCCAAAUCCGUGAUGCAGCCUAGCAACAGUGCCUAAACACAGGCCUGCAGCCCGCGGACAGAUGUGCAGGAUAUGGUUCAGGAUGAGCCAACCCAGCGAUAGCACAGGUGCAAAAGGGGGCGAGCAAAGCGCAGAAGGGGGGAGCCAUGUCUCUGUGUUUCUCAACACCCACACCGCUGCACUGAAUCCCGAAACAAAGCUGUUUUCUGCCUUCACUGCAGACACUCACACCAGCAAAGUUUACCUGGCGGGGAGAGAGUGUCUCAAUGAAGAAGGUCAGACGUUUGUGCUGCCUCUUGUUGGAAAACUAAAGAAACAGAUAAGUGCUGAUCCCACUCUUUGUCCUGAGUAUCCAUCAUCCCUUGGCCUGGCCGAAUUCACCAAGAGAGCCACAGAAUUUGCUUUGGGAAAGAACUCUCUUGCUUUAAUGGAAAACAGGGUGUUUGGGAUCCAAACCAUUGGUUGUACUGGAGCUGUGCGUCUGGGGGCUGAACUCUUGAAACACUGGUACAACACCAGAGCUGCGUGGUGUGGGCCAGUCUAUCUGUCUUCUCCUUGCGACGAUUCGCUGGCCAGUAUCUUCGAGGCAGCAGGGAUCCAAGAUAUCCAUUAUUAUUUUUACUGGGAUGCCAAGCAGCGAGACGUUUGCGUGGAGAAGCUCCUGGCGGAUCUGGAGCAGGCUCCGGAGCAGAGUGUUGUCGUUCUGUCUGCGUCUGCCCACUGCCCAACUGGAGCAGACCUCUCUGAGCAGCACUGGGCACUCAUUAUACAGCUCAUGAUGAGACGAAGGCUUUUCCCUUUCAUCUUGCUGCCUGUGCAGGGGCUUUGCUGUGGGGAUCUGCAGCGAGACGCCUGGCCUGUGCAGCACUGCGCAUCACAGGGAAUGGAGCUCCUCUGUGCGCAGUCGUUCUCCCACUGCUUUGGACUGUACGGUGAUGGUGUAGGGAACCUCCUGUGCGUCUUAAAGCAGAGCUCCCUCCUGUCAGCUGUGCAGUCUCAGGCUGACAGACUGGUCAGAGCACUGUGGGCCCGGCCAUCUGUAGGAGGAGCGCGUGUCGUUGCCACAGUGCUCAGUAACCCUGCCUACCUCACCAAGUGGCAGGAGGAGGUUAAACACAUCGUGGAGAGGUGCAUGCUGAUCAGAGAGAGGCUAAGAGAAAGGUUGAGGCUCCUGGGAUCUCCGGGCUGCUGGGACCAUCUCAUUAAACAACGCGGCCUGUACUGCUGCACAGGCUUGAACGGUCAGCAGGUAGAAUUUCUGUCAAAGAGGAGACACGUCUACCUGCUUCCCAAUGGCUGUCUGAAUGUGAGUGCAAUCAACAGCAGUAAUCUGGAUUAUAUAGCAGAGUCCAUCCAUCUGGCUCUGACCUCUGCACUCUGA